AUGAAGUCGCUCUCCACAGCCCUCGCCCUCGUCGGGUCCGUUCAGGCCGGCCUUCGCUUUCCAUGCUCAACUUUGACCAUUCAGCGCCUCGACCCCGCCGUCCAGCCAGGCAUGCUCCCGUCCGCUCAUGUCCACCACAUCGUCGGUGGAAAUGCCUUCAACGCUACUAUGACGGGCGACGUCAGCGAGAGGGCCACCUGCACCACCUGCCAAAUGUCCGAGGACUUUUCCAACUACUGGACUGCCGUCUUAUACUUUAAGCAUCCCACCAAUGGCUCCUACCAUCGUGUGCCGGUUAUUCCUGUCCAGCCCCUUUUGGGGGGUUCGAACGGAGUCACAGGUGGACUUACCGUCUACUAUACCCAGUUCGACUUAUCCAGGGACAACAUAAAGACGCAGCCUGUCAAAUCCUUCCAACCAGGCUUUCGCAUGACGGUAGGCAGCCCGACUGAAACCGGAAAGCCGCAUGUCGGCCUGCGUUACCAAUGCCUGCAAGGCCAAAACCGAGGUGCAGAGAUGGCCGACUUCCCCACCAAGCCCUGCACGGGCGGUAUCUUCACUACCCACCACUUCCCCGCAUGCUGGGACGGCAAGAAUCUCGAUAGCCCGGACCACCAGUCUCACAUGUACAACACGAUCAAGUCCGACGGAUUUAUGAACGCGCCGGCAUGCCCGUCGUCUCACCCCGUUCGUGUGCCACAGGUGACGUACGAGACCGUCUGGGAUACGUCCAAGUUCAACAGCAUGUGGACUUCGGGCGCACCUAACCCUUUUGUGUGGAGCUUCGAGGGUACGAGUGGAUAUGGCACCCACGCUGAUUAUAUGUUCGGCUGGAAGGGCGAUGCACUCCAGCGUGCUAUGGACAAGUCCGAGUGCUUCUACGACGGCUGCGGCUCUAUCACAAAGCAGGCUAUGACCACGGCCAACAAGUGCACCGUCAAGGACUUUGUUAAUGAGCCAACUGAAGGAUGGCUUACGGAGCUCCCGGGUAUGUCCAAGGCAGCGUCGGGCUAG